AUUUAUUACUAUUAGUUGCUCUUGAACCACUGAAGUGAUAGGGGAGGUUAAGUUAUCGUGUAUUAUUGUAGUGUAUUAAUAUUUAAAGUGCAAGCAAAAUAUAUUUUAAUUAUAAUCUUCACAAUAAUAAAAUUCUUUUACUUUUUUAAAAUGUUAAAAAGUUUUCGCUUUAAAAUGAUAUAUAAUGAUUAUGAUAUAUUAUAUAUAUCUAUAUAUGCUUAUUCUAUAUAAAAAUCUUUAAAAUCGUUAUACUUAAUAUUUAAUAAAAUAAUAUGAUAUUUAUAACAAUAUUACAAAAUUAAUAUAAAAUAUGAAAGAUUAAUCGAAGUGAAAAGAUUUUUAAAAAUGACAUGAUAAUUAAAAAUCGUAAAAUAAAAAACUAAUAAGAAUUGCAUGCGUAAAACCUUGAACAUCGACAUAUAGCGCGAAACAAUAUGCAUGAUCUAAGACAAAGAUCAACACCGCUUCCUUUUUUGUUAUGUGACAACCACGGUACGAUGAGAAACGGAACGAUAACCACACGUGCUGAUGUUUAUGCGGAAGAAAUUCCUUGUACAUCUGAAAGUGUCAUCAUGUCCAGUGAUUCACCUCCACCGCUCCAGACUUCUGUACCUUUGGUAGACUACGAUAUACCAGAUGAAGCCUGUUCUGGUAAAAUCACGCCAACCACACCUACUAUUCCGGUGACGAAUAAAUUAUUGAAUACUGAUGCCGAGACGAUUGAGAAUGCAGUGCCAAUCACGCAGGCAGUGCUGCCGGUUCCCGAACCACAACCGAAAAUUGAAAGGAAUGGAUUCGACUCGGAGGCAACCAAGCCAAUCGCCCAAUCUGAAAAUGAUUCUUGCGUUGUAGAUUGUAUAUAUUUUACGCAGCAGUGCUGCGAGUGUGUAAUACUUUAACAGCCAGAAUUCUUCGCGUAUCGAAUAAUCAUUUAUAUUCGUUGCAUGCGAUUUAGUAUAUAUGCGUGUGAAGAGAAUUUGAAUGAUAUAUAUUUCCAUUGAAUUAUAUGGGAUACAAAUUCAAAUGGAAUUUUAAUAAUCGAGUUUUGCUCGAUCAAUUUUUUAAACAAAUAUUAAAUCUUCGUAUUUAAAAAAAAAUCUUAUUCUUAUCUUCGAUUUUUAUUUAUUAAAUGAAAAUGGAUGAAAUAUGUUAAAAACAUAUUUGAAAAAUGAUCAAAUUUCAAUGAGAUAAUUGAAAAAUUUAAUAUUUUUAUAAAAUAAUUAUUUUUGUAUUGUGCGAUAUUUAUGAAGUAUAUGAAAAUGAAAUUGAAAUUUUUUAGUUAAGAUAUAUAUAUAUAUAUAUAUAAUAUUUUUAAAUCUUUUAUAAACUUUUACAUCAUUUUUGACAUAAAAAAAUCAAUCUUAAUAUUGCUUAUUUAAACUGUAUAUAACAAAUUAAUUGAUUAUAUUAUAUAAUAUAAUUAUAACAAUAGUAAUUAUUAUCA